AUGCCGCUCUUGAUGAAGGAACGCCUCCAAGGGCAAUCGGGCGAGGUGAGCACCCGCUGCGGCUGCGGUGGCCCCUGGACGCGCGGGGCACAGAGGGGGGAACCUGACCGGCCACUGGUCUGAUCGAUCCAUGACCGGCCCAUACAGUACCUUCCUCGCUUGAUCGCGGCCAUGUACUGCGUGUUUGACCCCAUCGCCGGUCCGACUGUGGUCGAGCAAGUGCCCGAGGGGUCGGUCGCAACCGCGCUGUCGACGUUCCCCACCGCCGCCCCGACCUCGACCUCAUCCAGCCGUCCUCGUGCUGAAACAUCGAUGGAACGGGCAGCGCUGCUCAACCGACAACGCUCGACCACGAGCGCGCGAUCAUCGACGUUGGGCGGUACCGCCACCGACGCGGUCGUGCGCUCCACCUCGAAGCAACGCCUCACCGCGACCCCGGUCCUGUUCGACUUCAGCCCGAUCCGAGAGUUCGUCAUACCCAAAUCCGAACUGUGCGGUCAUCUCAUCACCAAGGCGACGAGGACGUGCAAGAUACUCGGCUUCCCCAUCAGGUCUGUUUCCCACCGCCGCCGUCGCGAAACGAUCGGGGGCUCGCUCUAGCUUGCGCACAUGGAGCCCCACAAAGCUGACCUCGGUCACUCGUACCAUCCCACCCAUGCGCCCCUUGUCCCCAAUCUUUCGAUCCACAGAAUCGUCGACGACGAAAAGUACAACUCGAAAAGGUCCAUCUACAAUCGCAACGCCUUCAUCUUCAACGUGUGCUUCAUCUUUGAGCGCGACGCCGAGCUGUCCGUGUUUGAACCAGUUGUGCGCAAGGUCGCUCGCACGCUCAGGAUUCUCGAGGUCAGUCGACCCGAUUCGAGCCUUGUCGAGAUAAUGAACUGCUGACGUUGCUUCCCACCGUCAGGAAUCCUCGUCCUUGCUCUCGGACCCGCCACCUCACUUCUCCAUGAGCAACUUGCUCGAACAACUUUACAUGGACCUCAACAACUUCUCCGAAGCCUCGAUCCGCAUCGGCGACUUUGAGCUCGAGCUCUUCCUUUCCCCCUUUUAUGCAAAUCCUAAACCGAUCAAGAACAGCGAUGUUCCCCUGGCGGUGUGUGCGCUCGAGCAGAUGAAGCAUCCGAGUUGGGAUGUCACCCUUUACAAGGUUCGUGCGUCUCUGCUCCUACCCAUUCCUCCUGAGCUUACCCGCCUCGCCGUCCACCCUCCACAGAUCUGCAGCUUCAUUAACGGUAUCAACCACGUCAAGAGUAUUGCUGAGCUCGCCCAGGUCGACCUCCACCUCGCCCGUCUCUCCAUUCAGCACCUCGUCUUUUACGGUGCCGUCAUCAUUGUCGACCUGUUCCAGUACACCAACUCGUACGCGACCUUGCCCUUGAUCGCCGACGUCGUGCACACCAUGGACGAGGCCGAAGAAGAUGAAGGGAUCCAGGACCUCGAUUCAGAAUGCCAGGCGUACGUCUACACAGGUGCCAUGAUCAACCCCAUGCUCGCGAGCGCGACCCCUCCAAUGGCGACGACGAACUUGGAAGGCUCCUCGGUCGGCUCGCUCCCGAACCAUCCAUCCCCUUCAAGCGCGCCCGUGCCGUUCGCGAAUCUGUUGGGCUACUAUGCACAACUCCGACCUGGCGUGACGGUCACGCAGUGGUGUGAGCGACUCGGCCUGGACGGUAUGCCGAUCGAUGUGCGACGGCUGGUUCAGUUUGGCUGCAUUAAAGGCUUCCUGCGGCGGGUCUACGCCUACCCCGUCUGGUUGGACCAUCCCAAGUUCCUCAAGCACCGGAACAGGGGGCGCAACGGGGAUGAUGUCGAGGGUGACGAAGGGACCACUUCAUUCUCCCUACCGACCCCGAGCAAUGAAACGCCUUUGCAUUCCGCCAUUUCGACCCUGUCCAGGAUGGAGACGAAUGAUGCUUCCCUCCCCGAUCCUCUAAGCAGUGGCAUCCUGUCAGCGCCGAAUCGAUCCAAGACAACGUUUCACCCAUCAACGACGCCUGCAAAGACCAGGCCCGAGGUAAGGCAGAGUGCUAGAAAAGGUAGAAGUGCUGGAUCACCGGCCACGACGAACGUGCCACCCAUUUCUCGCUUCCCGCCUUCUCUGCCGAUGAUGAUGGACGGAACCUAUCACACGGACGAGAUUUGCGUCAAAUACUCGAUCAGCUUUAAGCAGCUCGAAGUCAUCUUCAGGACACUGGGAAAGGGGCGAGGUGGGAAAUACGAGGGGUCGCUCGAAGAGGAGGAACGGGGUGAAGAGGAGGAAGAUGACGACGACGAUCUCAGGAGGAGGCGGGACGACGAGAGCUUGCACAGUGGCUCCGACUACGGCGACCGAUUGGUCCUUUUGUAUGUCUGA